CAACCGUCACAAAUCACAAAGUGCAACAAAAUUCAGGUAACCCUUACCUGAUUUUUUUAUUCACGUCUUAUAAUCGUUUUACUAUGAAGCCACCCCUUGCUACAUUGUAUAUUUUUUUGAACCGGUUGCGAGGCAUUGAAGGUUCACCAUCCCCGCUCUAGAGAGAGAGUACCAAUCAUUUAGUUUUGUGCUUGCAUCGGAUCAAUACCUACCGUGUAUGUGCAAUCGAAGUGUCCCUUUUUCCUAAAGUAUCAAGAUUUAACCAGAAUGCACCGGUAUACUCUCAUCAUAUUAUAUUUGAGCUGGUGUUUUGUGGGAGCAAACACUGAAAGCCCAACAACUCUCAAGGAAUACCUCCGCAAAGUCGCAUUAGAGACGGUCGAAGUCCUUGACCGCAUGAUCCAGAAUUUGCAGACCGAUAUAGACCCGUUCCCCGUCCUGGCCCAGGUUUUCAAGUACGACCAUGAAAGUAAGGAGUUCCAACAAGAAUGUAUAGGAGUCAUUGUGACGGACUAUCACGUUCUGUCAGCUGCACACUGCUUUCCUUUGGGCAUGGAUGUUAGUUACUGGUUGGUUCGCGUAGGCUCAAGUUACCGUUCUUCUGGUGGGGUGAUACACAAUGUGAGAGCUAUCAGAGUGCAUGAAAACUACGAAGAACUAGAACACACAAACGAUAUAGCUAUCAUGGCGAUGGUUGAACCGUUCAUCUUUAACAAUAAUGUUAGACAGGCCUCAAUUCCAAUCCAUGGAUUAGAAUUUGACGACAAUUUUGAAUGUACUCUCGUAGGAUGGGGUGCGUUACAGCCUGGCGGUCUACGGAGUGAUAAACUGGAACUCACUAAACUUGUCACUAUAGGCCAGCACGAUUGCACGCAGAAAUACGGGACUAUUUCGAAAGUCAUUCAAAAUUCCAUGAUUUGCGCCGUGCGUGUCGACAAUGGAGGAUCUGCAGGUUGCAAAGGAGAUUCAGGGGGGCCUUUAAUAUACAACGGUGUGGUUGUAGGCCUCGUGUCAUUCGGAGUAUCGUGUCAACACCCUGACUUCCCAGGAGUAUACACGAAGGUUUCACAUUACAAUGACUGGAUUAAAACGACUGUGCUUGCUGUUAUGCCCACCCAGAUAGACCAGUUCCCAAUCCUGGCUCAGGUGUUAAAGUACUACUUUGAAUCUAAGCAGUACCAACAACAAUGCGCGGGAGUCAUUCUGACGAGUUACCAUGUACUGUCAGCUGCACAUUGCUUUCCUGUCGGCAUGGAUGUUAGAAACUGGAUGAUUUGCGUCGGCUCAAGCUACCGCUCUUCUGGUGGGGUGUUACACAACGUGAAAGCUAUCAAAGUGCAUGAAAAGUACGACAAGUCAAAAAACACGAACGAUAUAGCCAUUGUGGAGGUCACUAAUCCAUUCACCUUUAACAGUAAUGUUAGACAAGCCAGAAUUCUAUCCUAUGGAUCGGAAAUAAGCCCCAAUUCUGCAUGUACACUCGUAGGAUGGGGUGCAUUAAAGCGUUACGGCCCACAGCCAGAACAACUGAAACUCACAAAUGUCGUCACAAUAGAUCAGUGUGAUUGCAUUCGGAGAUACGGGACUAUUGGGAGAAUCAUUCGAAAUUCCAUGAUUUGCGCCAUACGUAUAGACGGUAGACAAUCUGCCGCUUGCAAAGGAGAUUCAGGGGGCCCUUUAAUAUAUAACGGUGUGGUUGUAGGCCUCGUGUCUUUCGGAGUUUGGUGCCAAAACCCCGACUACCCAGCAGUAUACACGAAGGUUUCAUAUUACACUGAGUGGAUUAAAAGGACUACGAGUGUUAUUUGAUUAAUUUGUUGAAUAAAUUUGUUUUCUUUUUGUUAUGCUUAAGUUGAGUAGUACCUAAAUUACAACUAUAAUAAGUAUUUAAGGAAUGCCCCAUACUACAGAUUACCCAUUCGUUUCAUGAAUCUGAGAAAUUUCAGAAUUAAUCUCAGGUGUCCACAGAAUCGAAAUCUCAGGUGAUUGAAUCUCAGUUGGAUAUCAAUUGUAUGUCGCUUAAGUAUAAUUAUCAGAAUUAAGCCCCAGGUAGGUAGAAGGUAAAUAAGGUGUGUCGGUGGUAAUAUCCAGAUGAACCGAGCGGGAAAUCCGCUAGUUUGAAAGCUCUCUUACAUUAACCUCUCUGCUCGACAAGACGAC